AUGGGCCGGCUGCCACUGGAUGAGUGGAGCACCAGUCUGGACCAGGAGGACCCAGAGCCCCCCCCACACAUUAAGCAGGAACAGGAGGAACUCAGGAUCAGUCAGGAGGGAGAGCAGCUUCAGGAGCUGGAGGAGGCUGAUAUCACCAAGUCCACUUUCACUCCUGACCCUGUGAAGAGUGAAGAUGAUGAAGAGAAACCUCAGUCCUCACAGCCUCAUCAAAGACAAACUGAACACAUGGAAACAGAAGCUGAUGGAGAUGACUGUCGAGGACCAGAACCAGCCAGGAACUCGGAUCCAGAGAGAAGUUUACAACCAAAGACUGAGGACGACACUGGAGACUCUUCUGAACCUGACACUGGAGACUCUUCUGAACCUGACACUGAAGACAGUUUUGAUUGGAAAGAUACCAGAGAACCUGCAUCAGGCUCAAACUCACUGAAAAAUAGACAUGAAUCUGUCAGUGAUCCACGACGUAGUGCUGAAAAUAAAACAUUCAGCUGCUCAGUCUGUAAGAAAGCCUUUUCACAGAGGGGAAGUUUAAAGACACACAUGAGAACCCACACAGGAGAGAAACCAUUUAGCUGCUCAGUUUGUACCAAAUCUUUUGCACAGAGGGGAAAUUUAAAGACACACAUGAGAGUCCACACAGGAGAGAAACCAUUUAGCCGCUCAGUUUGUACCAAAUAUUUUGUGCUGACUGGAAAUUUAAAUGAACACAUGAAAAUCCACACAGGAGAGAAACCAUUUAGCUGCUCAGUUUGUACCAAAUCUUUUGUGCAGAGAGGAAAUUUAAAUGAUCACAUGAGAAUCCACACAGGAGAGAAACCAUUUAGCUGCUCAGUUUGUACCAAAUCUUUUGCACAGAGGGGAAAUUUAAAGACACACAUGAGAGUCCACAGAGGAGAGGAAAAAUAGAGCUGCAAGUUUGUGACAAAAUAUUUAAAUGGCGUAAUCGUUUCAAAAGACACAAGUGUGUUGGUCGUCAGCUGCUUCUGAAACUGUAAGGGAAUACAUUUGUCUAUUUUGUAUCCGGAUUACCUAAUGCCGUUACAUGUAAUACGGUACUCCCUAAGCCUGAUUUCACCCACCUGCAACCGAUUCGCGAAUAAUCACAAAUGUUCAUUUCUUUGACCCCUUGACUCGACUAUUUCUUGUUUAAUAAUCGUUACAUCUCCUCAGGACCAAGUUCCCGUGUCCUGCCUUUCACCUGCUCAUCACCCACUGCUCAUUUAAGGUGGACUCACCUUUACAAGGGACCAGCUAGUCUUAGUGUCUUAAUGGAAACGUUUUGUAAAGUGAUGCUAGACCAAAAACGUGCUGUUGGGUUGUGUGCUCUCUGCAGGACGGUGUCUGUACUCAAAGAUUGUUUAUGAAAUGAGAGCUUCACUCUGUUUUUGUUGUCUAAACAACGCCAACAGAGCGAUACGUCUUCUUUCCAGCAGAUGGCAUAAAUGUUACAUCAUCCAGUUCAACUGUCAUCCACAUAUUAAUGAUUCAAAACAGCAAUGUGUAAGAUAUGGCUAGUGAUUGACUAGUUCAUCAGAAUGUGAAGAGGUUACAGUCUUGAGGCCAUGUCCAAUAUGUUUAUGUUUUGUUUGAUUAAAUCUACUGAAAUGAG